AUGAAACUGGUCAUCACAUUAGCAAUUAUUGGAACGUCUCUAUCCGUUAGUACUGCCAAUACGAGACGAAUCGUGGGCGGUCAGUUUGCCUAUCAGAAACAGUUUCCCUAUCAUGUAGCACUUUUCCAAGGGGAUAAGUUCCGCUGCGGCGGAUCGAUCAUCGACCGAAAAUGGAUCCUGACAGCAGCACAUUGCGUUAUUGAAUCAGAUAAAAGUAUUUCGAGUGGUAUGAAAGUACUCGCUGGAACGACUCAUCUGAAAAAAGGUGGAACUUAUUUUGAACCGGAUGCGAUUUACCCUCAUGAACAGUAUGGAAGACUUGGCAAUGAUAUCGCUCUCAUAAAGCUAAAGGAAACAAUAACUUACAACAGGUACAUGCAGAAGAUCGAUUUAAGCUUGGAUGAGAUUCCGGACGGCACCGAAGUAAUUAUUACAGGGCAUGGUCGCACCGGAAAUGACAAACCCAUUUCCGAAAUUCUUAAGUACAAUACGAUGAAUACUGUGAGUGCCGAAGAGUGUCGCACGGAUAUCGCGAAUCUAACGGAAGGAUUACUUUGCAUCAACAAUAAGGUUGACAAUGGUGCCUGUAUUGGUGAUUCCGGUGGACCGGCUGUUUACGAUUCCAAACAGGUCGGAGUCGCGAAUUUCUACAUUAUUAAAUGUGCCAGUGAAAAGCCAGAUGGAUACGCCAAGGUAGCUUACUAUGCCAAUUGGAUUUCGGAAACAAUGAAGAAAUAA